AUUGUAUUGUGUCAAAUAUAUAAUAUUAUGAUAUCUACCGUGACAUUAUUAUUACUAAACCCGUAAAUCAUUUUUUACCAUUUGUAUUAAAUCCUUACAAUAGCUAAUCGCCGGGCUCAAGUAAAAAAAAAAAAAAUCGCAACUGCAGUAUGUUCAAACGUCGAAAACGAACAGAUUCCCAUGAUUUCAUUUUUAUAUAUACGUUAAUAAUAUUGUAUAAUUGUAUUUUAUUUGUGUCGUUAAAAUAAAAUUAUCGAAAAUUACAGUGCGCGGUUUUCUAAAAGUGUACCUACCUACUUACAAAACGAUACUUAAGUGGUUGGGACGGGGUAUUAAAUGGGAUUUCGAUAAAACCCAAUAGACGGGGUGGCCUGUCAGAGACGAAAGAGCAAUCACAAAACUCAUACGGACAGGUACGUAUAAUAUACACGUAAUAAAUAAUAAUAAAUAUUAGAAUAUAGGUGCGCGCGUGUGUGUACGCGAGCGGCGUUAAAACUUAAAAGACGCUUCACUGAUAAGUGAAGACUACGCGGGCAAAGAUCAUCGGAAACUAAAUAUAACAAUAAUAAUAUAUGUGUGCCGAUAAGCUUGAUGGACCGAAUGAUGUGUGUGUGCGUGUGUGAGUGUGUUAAUUGAUUCGGACAAAAAAAUAUAACCGAUAAUGUUCCAAAUCAUGUUUUUGAGCGGGAGGAUGGGCGGGGAUAAAUUAUUAUUAUUAUUGUGAUUUAGACGAUUAGUAUGUUAUAAAAUGGAGCAGACGAGCAGAAUACCUAUUAAGUUUAUAUUAUUUUAAUCACCGUUUCAGUUGGUCGGCAGUUGUACGUUCGGUAGGUUCAGUUUGAUAUUAUAAUAUAUUGGACAUCGGUUUCCCGAGGCCUGCGAACAGUUUAGAUCUUAACAUUUUAAACCGAUUUUCGCGCGCCAUCACGCUAUUAUUAUUUCGCAUUCCGUCGCGGCCCUGGGUGCAAGUGAUCGAAGACCAAACAACAACGACAAUAUAAUAUACCUAUCAUGGACUUGAUCAAAGUGGCACUAGACCACAACGACGCUGCAUUGGAAAUGCAAUGUGACUUGGAAGACGAGCCAGAGAAUAAGGAGCGCGUCGACGAUUGUCUGGCAUACGGCGUCAACGGAAAACCGCCAUCGUACCUGACACCGCUGUUGGCCGUACAGAACGUAGUGACCACUUUAUGUUAUUUGAUCUUCGUGUAUAAUAUUCUGGCUCCAAAACUAUGCAUUUUGCCGGAAGACCCGGCACGAGCACACUUGCUGGCCACGGCCGUCAUGAUGGCCGGCAUCGGAACCGUGAUGCAGACAAUUUUGGGUGUCAGGCUUCCGAUCGUGCAGACCAGUGGAUUUGUGUUCCUUUCCUGCACACUACCCAUAUUAGAUUUGCCGGAAUGGAAGUGUAAUAGCAACAUCGAUCUGUUCACGAUGGGUCCCGAGGCCCGUACGCAGGUAUGGCAUCUCCGUGUUCGGAACAUCCAAGGCGCUAUGAUCAUCGUCGGUAUCAUUCAAAUGUUUUUGGGGUACUCUGGCAUUGUCGGAAAAUCGCUGAAAUACAUCACGCCGCUGACCGUAGUGCCAACCAUGUGCCUCAUAGGGCUGUCGGUCAUCGAAAAAGGAGUAUUUCUCAUGUCAGGAAAUUGGACUACGGCCAUCAUGACGUUAUUUUUACUGACAUUAUUCUCGCAAUAUUUGCGAAAAGUCGCCAUUUCCUUGCCAGUAUACUCGUCUAAAGGUGGAUUGUUCAUAGUGCGGUUGAAAAUUUUCGCACUGUUUUCGAUAUCACUCAGCGUGGGCAUUAUGUGGCUCGUGUGUGUUUACAUGACUACCAAAAAUUGUCUAUUACCAUCGGACCCGGCGAAUACAGAAUCGAAGGCUGGAGUAUUGCGCAACGCACUGAUGUUACAAAUUCCUUACCCUUUUCAAUGGGGUUGGCCGACAGUUAACUUGACGUCGAUAUUGGCCAUGUUACCCGCGCUAUUCGCCAACAUUGUAGAGUCUGUCGCCAAUUAUUACACGUGUGCGAGAUUUUCCAAUUUGACAAAGCCUCCACUCAAUGCGGUAAAUCGUGGUAUCGGCAUCCAAGGUAUCAGUACGAUUUUUGCCGGUUUCUUUGGUACAGGUUCCGGCGUUAGCUCUUCCAGCGAAAAUGUGGGAAACAUCGGCAUUACUCGAGUGUGCAGUAGAAACGUGAUUGGACUCGCAGCCUGCAUAAUGAUCGUCGCGUCCAUAUUUACCAAAUUCAUUGCACUGUUAGUGACUUUGCCAGAUCCAGUACUCGGCGCAUUGACGUCCGUGCUACUCGUGUUAAUCGGAGCCGUAGCGCUGUCUAAUCUACAGUUCAUAAAUCUCAACUCGUUAAGGAACAUGUAUAUUCUCGGAUUGUCAAUAUUUUUUGGAUUGGCGAUUCCUAAGUUCUUAUCAACGGUACAAAGUAAUACUAUCAACACCAAAUACGAAACCGUCAACAACGUCCUGAUUGUGUAUCUGUCCUCUGGAAUAUUUAUCGGCGGAUUUAUUGGUUUUAUUUUAGAUAACACUAUUCCAGUCGAUGAUGAUGACGUGAUGAACGAGUACCACAAUCCCAGCGACGAACUCAAGUUUUCCAACAAAACCGACGAGGAACAAGUAUACAAGAUUUCAGAUCACCUCUACGAUAAAAUUAAUUAUUGUUUAUCAAUUUUCAUCUAACACACGUAAUAUUAUUUUGUUAUACCCACAGAUAUAAAAUACUAGAUAGCUAACAAGACAUCGAACAUUGAAGUUAUCCGCCAUAUGCGUGUAGGUUAAUGUUUACAUAAUUGUCUUAUCAAUACGACAUGAUAACAAUCUGAUGGUCAUAAUACUUUUAUAUCUGACAAUGGAAUAUUGAAUAAGGAUAAUCUUAUGUGUUGUCAUUAAAAACAAUUGCAAUAGAAAUAUAUAUUUUUUUAAUAUUUUAUAAAAAAACUUUAUUCUGUGUGAAUAAUAAUAUCAUGUUAUCAUACAGUAUUGAUAAGAUAGUUAUGUAAACAUUGACCCACACACGCAUAUGGUGGCUAACUUCAACAUCGAUUAACCUAAUGUAGACAAGUUAGCUAUCUAUAAAAAAAAAAAAACUGGGCACUGAGAGAACGCUACUCCUUUGCGCAUCUAAAUGAACGAUCUCCGCGUUUCCGUAAUUUUUCGCCGCCGUAAUUUCCUCCUCUUGUCGACUUAUAGUAUUUGAUAUCUGUGGUUAUACCUAAAUAUGUUUAUCGAUAAAGACUAAUGCAUAUAUACUAUGUAUAAUUGUACCUAUAUUCGAUUCGAUUGACUGAUCACAAUUUUUUAUUUUAAUCAUUUCAUACUUACAUUAUGUUUGUGUAUUAAUUUAUUUUUUUAAAUUUUUAUCAUGUUUAUGCAUUAACUAUUUGUUAUAGUAUUAUAAAGUUCGACGACUGCGCGCGCUUGAUUCGUUUCAUAACGUGACAGAACUAUAUAUUUCCUGUGUCUAUUUAAAUAUAAUAUUAUAUAUAUGUUUUGA